AUGGCUCAUAUAAUGCGCCGGUUGAGGCCACAGACUCGACUGUUUCUUGGCCUUCAGCGGUCAUUUAGCUCCACAGCAGCCGAGACGGGGGACCCAAACUUUUUGGAGUCCGUUGAUAUUUAUUUCGACAAGGCUGCUGCCAUCUGCCAUGUGCCAGGGGACAUCCUGGGACAGAUAAAGGGAUGCAACAAUGUUCUCAAGGUUCAGUUUCCACUGAAAAUGUCGAAUGGCACGGUCGAGCUGAUUGAAGGCUAUCGAGCACAGCACUCUCAUCACCGGCUUCCAGGCAAGGGAGGUGUCCGCAUGGCGCCAACUGUGGACGCGGAUGAGACCGUUGCCCUUGCUGCACUGAUGACAUUCAAGUGUGCUGUCGUUGAUGUUCCGUUUGGUGGAGCCAAGGGAGGAAUCAAGAUAGAUCCCAAGAAGUACUCGUCAUUUGAAAAAGAAGCUAUCAUUCGACGGUACACCACGGAGCUUGUGAAGAAGAAUUUCAUUGGCCCUGCUAUUGACGUCCCAGCACCUGACUACGGUACAGGACCACAAGAAAUGGCGUGGAUCAAGGACACUUAUGAGACUCUGAGGCCAGAUGAUCUCAAUUCGUUUGCAUGUGUCACUGGAAAACCCAUCGAAGAGGGAGGCAUCCGUGGUCGGACUCAGGCUACAGGAAUGGGCGUAUUCAUCUGCCUGAGGGAGUUCCUCAGCAGCAAGAACUGGAUGGCAAAGCUGAACAUGUCAACCGGUGUCGAAGGAAAGUCAUUUAUUGUUCAAGGUUUUGGAAACGUUGGUCGUCAUACCAUAGACGCUAUCGUCACAGCCAAGGGAAAAAUCACCGCCAUUGCUGAGUAUGAUGGUGGCUUGGUGGAUGAGACUGGGAACGGCCUUGACAUUGAAGGCAUCAAGCAAUAUCAUGCACGGAAUGGCACCAUCACGGGGUUCCCAGGAGCCAAAACUGUCUCCGACCCAUUCUCCCUACUUGAACUUCCUUGUGAUGUCCUCAUACCAGCCGCACUGGAAGGCCAGAUCCACUCAGGAAAUGCCAGCCGCAUUAAGGCCAAGGUUGUCGCGGAAGCUGCAAAUGGUCCUGUCACUCCUCCAGCAGAGAAGAUCAUGGAAAGCAACGGAAUAGUUGUUCUGCCAGACCUUUUGCUGAACGCGGGUGGUGUGACAGUGUCCUAUUUUGAGUGGCUGAAGAACAUCAACCACAUUCGCUUCGGAAGGAUGAGCCGGCGCAUGGAAGAACGGGGCAAACAGGCCUUACUGGAUGCUUUGGAGAAGGAAAUUGCGACUGGUAUAAAAUUCACUGACGACACACGUCGUUCCAUCAUUAAAGGCAACACUGAGGAGGACUUUGUGUGGUCUGGCCUUGAGGAGACAAUGAUAAACGCCUGGGAUGAAGUCAAACGGGUUGCUGAAGAAAGGGAGUGCAACUUCCGCACAGCCUCGUAUGUGAUUGCCAUUGAGAAGAUUGCCACAUGUUACCGUGUCAGUGGAAUCUUUCCCUGA